GCCCAGCACAUUUCCGAGCUUCGAGGCUGUCAAUCACCAGGAGUUGCCCCCACCUCCUCACAGGGUCUGGAGUUUAAACAGAGAGACCGCCCCUGAGGUCCCAGGUACUGCACUGACCACUGGAGGAAGAGAGAGAGAGAGAGGAAAGUGAGACUGGAAAACAGAAAGCACUGGGGCUUGCAAAGCCAGGAGCUGGAGUUCCAAAAGUUUUUGAAAAGUUUUGCCGAAGUUUUUCUUUAGCAGGGGGAGGACAACGGAUGUUCCUUUGUAACUUCUGAGGCUGAGAAGCCGGCAGGAGUGACGGAUUUGUGUAUUUUUUGUUGUGGGGUGGGGGGGUUGGGAGCGUUGGAGUCCUGGACGUUUUGUGUUUGGAGGUGCAGCAAACUUUUUGUUUUGGCAUAACGGGGAGCCAGAGUGCCUGAAAGUGGCCUUUGGGAAGGAGUAGGGAAAGGAGAGAGAGAGAGAGAAAGAGAGAGACUGUCAGCUCGCCCCCGGGGGUAACAGGCGGGACACAGUGCCCUUCACCAUGUCCAAAUGUAAAGGUGAUGGGGAUUAUACCCCCACUGCAGCGAUUGUGAGGAUCCCGGACAGCGAAGAUGCCUUUGACUCAGAGCCAGGGCUCCCUGCUCGGGCUCACAGGGAUCGCACGCCUCCCCGGGGAAAAAGGAUGUUGAUUUUCCUGGACCUGAUCUGCAUUAUACUUGCUUCCCUUCCCCUCUUCAUGGUGGAGUUCAAUGCUGUCAAACCGUAUCGCCGGGGUUUUUACUGUAACGACGAGAGCAUCGGUUACCCCCUGAAGAAAGAGGAGACCAUCAGUGACCCUGUGCUGUGCACCGCAGGCAUCCUGAUCACCGUUGUUGCUAUUGUCUUUGGCGAAAGCUACCGAAUCCGGUUCUUGAAUGAAAAAUCCAACUCCUUCAUCUCGAACCCCUACGUCAGUGUGAUUUACAAGCAGGUCGGCUGCUUCCUCUUUGGCUGCGCUGUUAGCCAGUCCCUCACUGAUUUGGCCAAGGUUGCUGUCGGGAGGUUGAGGCCCCAUUUCCUGGAUGUCUGCAGGCCGGAUUUCUCCAAAAUCAACUGCUCGAAAGGAUACGUUGAGGAGUACACUUGCAACACGACAAUCUCGGCAGAAACUGAAGCUCGGAAAUCGUUUUACUCAGGGCACGCCUCCUUUGCAAUGUACACCCUGCUGUAUCUCGUGUUUUAUUUGGAAGCUCGGUUCACCUGGAAGGGGGCGAGGUUAUUGAGACCGCUGCUACAGUCACUGUUAAUCAUGAUGGCUUUUUACACCGGCCUUUCCCGUGUGUCAGACUACAGGCACCAUCCGACAGACGUUCUGGUGGGAUUACUGCAGGGAGCAUUCAUCGCCUAUUGGAUUGCAUUUCACAUCUCGGAUCUGUUCAAAUCGAAGAGGAAGCCAUCAAAAGAUUCGAACGUUUCUGCAGAAAAUUCCGUACAGACCAAUCACACAACGUGUUAGCAGAACGAGAGCGAAGAGGAGAGAAAGGAUGUAGGGGAGUUGGCACAAGUCAUCCGGCAGGAGUGAAUUAGGGAACCAGUGCUCAAAGAAAAACAUCCAUCCCUUUUUAAAUUUUCAGAACAAUCUCCAAACACGGCUUCAUUCUGAUAUUUCUCCCUUCAGGCCAGUCCCUGAUGCUAGCUUCACUGGAAGUUUCAUCAUCAGAGAGAAUUUUCUGUGGUAGUUCAGUUGUCAACUGGCUUUGACUACGUCCUUAAGUUACAAUUAUCCAGUGACUGAUAGAUUUUGAACCCGUUAAAGCAGUUGCAAUUUCCUUUUCCUUUCUCUAAGAUGAGAGCCCUGAAGUGCCUGACACCAUAGAUGCUGUAAAUGGACACACAUACACUUAAUACUGUGAGCAACAAUGUAUUCUAUAUUUGUAAUGAGAAAUUAAUAUUAUGGGUCACUGAUUAUGCUGAGCCUUUUGUAAGUGUAUCGUGACUGAAGAAUCUACAACUAAGAUAUUUACCAGUUAUUCAGUAUACAGAUUAAAGAAGCUAAUUUCUUGCAAAAAUAAUUACGUACUUUUAUUAUAUCUGUAAUUAAUGGAAUUUAGACCAGGGACGAUGAUAUGUUUUUUGAAUGAGUUCUGUUCACUUUAGGAGUUGAGAAUUGACUCAUUUGGUUGGGAGGAAAUGUCGUUCCAUUUUCAGAUUUAUUAACACAGUACAAGGCUAAGCCCAACAAUCGUUUGAAUUGGAAGAUCCUGUGGGAAAGGCAUGACUUGGUCAAAAGGAAAAAGUUAAAAAUAUGGUGAUAAUCUGAACUCUAGUGUCCAGUUAUCUGAAUGGUCGUAAAUAGAACAUAGAACAUGGAACCUUGCAGCGCAGUACAGGCCCUUCGGCCCUCGAUGUUGCGCCGACCUGUCAUGUCAAUCUGAAGCCCAUCUAACCUACACUAUUCCAUGUACAUCCAUAUGCUUGUCCAAUAGAGUUUUGAGACAUUGUUUCAGGCAUAUUUGAAAUCACAUCUCCCAAAGGAAUAGGCAGAUUGAUUGAUAAGGUAGAACCAUCAAGCAUGCUGAUUGUGUGGGAUGACCAUUGCAUGGAUUUCAACAAGUCUUCUAAAAUGUCAGGAAAAGAUGGGAGCUAUCAAGAUGGCAGACAUUAAUUAUAAUUGAAGUAGGUUGCAUGUUCCAUUCUGCAGAGAGGUGAAGAAACUUGAGUGAGCUUUUAAAUUUACUCAUAAUCACUGAACUAUCAUGCAUUAAACUGAAGUGAUUGACAGUCAUGAGAAAUUCCAUAUGAUAACGGCUACUGUCUGCUUUUGGGUUGUUUAUUCGGCUAGUGGUCUGCUGAGGGAUAUAUCUGUCAGAAAACUGAUCCAAAAGCUGAAAGGGUGUAAUCCAACUUUAUAUUGAACUCAGUGCAUUUCAAUUCAAUACACAUUUAAUUGACCUGUUUAGAGCUUUUUAAGAUUAAAAAGCUUAAUGCAGUAGAUUUAAUUUAUAUUAACUAAACCACUUGUGAGUUUUGAUCACAGCUCAUCCGAAAGAAUUGACAGUCUGUGCAAUAGAAUCUUCAUUCCUGUCUAUUUCAUAGUCUAAAGGAGUUAUGAGGGACUGGAAAUUGAUGAUUAGCUCAGUCUUCAAAUGUGAGAAGAAAGAGUUGUCCCCUGAACAGGGGACUGUGUAGGUGGCAGGACCUGAGCUAAGGACAGAGAGCUUGCAGCCUACAACUGAGUAGACUCAACCUGAGGACUCAUUUUAGCUGCUGAAUACUUUUAACCAAGAAAGAUCAUCAUGUAUGGGACCAUGCUAAUGGCUGAUCAGAAAGGUUAGGUAAUUGUAACCUUGUGAAUUCAGUUUCUCAGUAAUUUAUUUAAUUCAAUUCAAAACAGAUGAAAGUUGAGAUCCAUAUUUUAAUUUCAACAGCUUUGUAUUUUACUUGACUUUUGAAUUAACAUGUAAUAUAAUGCUGUCGAAUACUAGCUAUAUCUAUUUAACUUGUCCAUUUUGUUCCAUUCUCUGCAAAAGAUAUUUUUGAGCAUGCUCUUUAUUCUACAUGUAUAUUAUACCCCUGAAGUAUUUACAUGAGCUGAAUGGCUUUAAACCACUGACAGUCUUAUUCCCUGCGAAAUUCACAGGGUUUACAUUUGGAAGUAGCCACGGUGUCUGUGUUAUUUCAAAAAUACCACAUUGGAACGUGAAACAUCACAGUGCAAUCGUGCUGAACACCAACAUUAACCUCUGUAGUGUUACUGUUAACUGUGUAAUUUCACUGCUCUCAUUAAAUGCUACUGUUUCCUAUUUGUUAAGGGAGGGCAGUUUGAAAUAUUUACCAGGGUUAAUGUUACUGCGCCUAAUCUAGUGUUAGGUUGAGGAUUCGGAAUAUUCCAAACAUCCUGGAAUCUUCUAUUCAUGUCACAUGCCCUUUUGCAUUGCAACUCUCAAGGACAAAGUGACAUUUUCUGCUGUGAAGCUGACCUUGGAACAGUGCCUUGUUAAAACUUGGCGUGGAAAGGAGGUGGUGUGUGGAGAAAUCUUCUACAGCAUGGAGCUGAGUAGAAAACUGGGAAGAAAAUUCUGCUUGAAUUGAAUCAUUCCGUUUUCUAUUCGAAAUAUCUUGACCAUUCAUCCAAGCUGCAGUUUCUACUCCACUCAUGUCUUGCUGUGUGAAUAGGGAUUAAGCAUUUGUUCAGAUAAAUUUGGGCCAUUUGUAUAACAUCAUUAUACAUCUCUUCUGCUGUCAACAUUCAUACCCCAGUGAAAAAAAGAAAUAACUUGCUUUUAGUUAUUGUAUUAUCACUUGUCAGGACAUGCCAAAUAUUUUAAAUCUACGAGAUUAUUUUUGAAGUUUGUUUUCCAAAACUUGUGCACGGUCCAACUAACACUGGCAUUUGAAUUCACAUGGAAAUAGUGUUUUUAAUACAGUUUUGUUAGCAUAGAUUCAAUGGCAUUGCGCACAGUGACCAGAUGAAUACUCCUCUGAAUGUGGUUUAACCCCAGCCCCCAAUCCCAUCGAACAAAUAGAGCCUAAUGCAGUCAUAGACAGUUUGUGUCCCAGUAAGAACUCGUUUAAGACAAAUUCCAGAUUCAUUUCAUUUGAGACCCUUGCAGCCCAGGGAAGGGAAUUGUUCACCCCAUCACUCUCAACUGAGUUUGAACAAAGAACCCAGAAAUGAAAAGGCUGCCUUCCAUGUAAAUCAUUGAAGCAUUUGGCCACCCAAGUCUGGAAUUCCUAUAGAUGUCUGCUGAUGUUGUGGAAAUGGCCUGAUUGUGAAUUGCUUCUUUGUGCUGCUAUAACCCGUAUUUUUAUCAGACAACUUUUGUAGACACCUUAACAGCCCUGUCAAAGGGCUUUGGUGUACAUUAUUGUUAAUUGUGAGUAUAUUGUGUGAGAUCUUAAAGGAUGUCUCAAAAUAUAUAUGUAU